CACUACCCAGCAGUAUACAGUGUGCUGCCGGUCUGUGAGCUGGAGAGACACUCGGACGACACACAAGAGAGAAGUCUUCAAAAACAAACUUUGCAGAGCCAUCUUGCCUUUUCCCCGACCGUGGAUGAAAGAGGACUGCUCCUUGUUCUUUUCCUACAUCCUCCAAGAGUUUUCUUUGUAUAUUUUCAAACAGAAAGCAGCAAUGCUUAGAUUCUACAUUCUCCUAACUUUUGCUGUCAACAUCCAAGCCAACAGCCAGCUGUUGCCAGGCUCUUGCAACUUUGAGUCCAACACCUGCGGAUACACGUCAGAUGCAGACUUUAUGAGCUGGACCCUGCAAAAAGAUGGCCGUUUUGUCACAGUGGAAGCAGCCGUGAACGAGGAUCAGGAGGACUACAUAGGCAGUGGUGCUGACCCACAGCGAGAGAUCAUAGGGGUGCUGCUGAGUCCCCGUUUGGAGCAUGGUGAGUGGAGCUGCCUGAGGCUUGUCUAUCAGAUCACAGAGCCAGGAAGCCUGGAGGUCCUGCAGCGCACCGAGGGGAACAGCUUUGACAGGCCGCUGUGGAGCAGCCGGUUGCCCUCCGACAGCUGGGUGGUCUCAAGCAUCGACCUGCAGAACAAUACAGAGCCUUACAGGGUCGUCAUCGAAGGUAAACCUGGGUCGAGCAAAGGGAGCAGCGUGGCCAUCUUUGAGAUCCACAUCAGCCCUGGAUACUGCCUGGAAUGUGAUUUUGAGGAGUCUCACCUGUGUGGAUACAAUAACCAGUGGAAUGCCAAUGUAAACUGGUAUGUGGGAGGAGGCGGGGUCCAGGUUCUCCACAAUGAUAUGCCAAAUGAUCACACAUACAACAACGGGUCAGGUCACUUCAUGUAUGUCGACUCCAUCUACGGCAAGACCUUUAAAGAAGUGGCCAAACUGGUGUCUCCAAUGACGCAGGUGCCGAUGUCCGGCUGUCUGAGUUUUCAGUACCAGCGCAGUGAGAUAGGAAACCUCUUCUCUGUUUUCACCCGGGACCAGCUGGGUCAGUACCAGGAGUUGUGGAGGGCAGGGUUGGAGAAUCAAAACGACUGGACAGAAAUUCCUGGAGAGUGGAUACCUGUGCAGGUGGACCUGAAGGCACCCUACUCGGUACAGGUGGUCUUUGAAGUGGCGUUUAACAGUCCACGUGGCGGACGUGUUGCACUUGAUGAUAUUUCCUUUUCUUCGCAGUUCUGCACCACAGACACUGAGCCAACUUUUGACCCCUCUAUCGCCAACUGUGAUUUUGAGUCUGGUUUCUGCCUCUACACCCAGGAGCAGGCAAAGGAGUCACCGUGGAGAAGAGUCUCCGUGAAGCCCAACAUAUUCAGGAAUGGAGACCACACCACAGGAGCAGGAUCUUUCCUGUUGGCUCACUCCCGACUGGGCCCACGCUCCGGCUACGUUAGCCGCCUCAUCGGUCCAACUCUAGCCGGGAACAUGAAGUACUGUCUGACAUUUUACUUCUCUUUGAGGGGUUUCAAUCAGACGGACCAGGCUCUGGCUGUUUAUCUGCUGCAUGCGAACGGCAGCCAGGAGAAAAUCUGGACUCAGGCAGAGAGGUCGAGGGGAAUCUGGAUCGCAGCGGAUGUCACCUUCCAGACGUCACAGUCUGCCAAGGUGGUCUUCGUGAGCACCUGCAGGAGUUUCUGGGACUGUGGCUCUGUGGCUUUGGAUGACAUCAGCAUGAGCCUUGGAGACUGCGAGCUGGUGGCAGGCCUGCUGUCGUCUCUUCUCCCUGGACGCUGUGAUUUUGAAGCAGGGUUGUGUGGUUACACUCAGGACAAGAAGAGCGACGCUGCUGACUGGGAGAGGAGGCGGGGGGCCACACCGACCUCAUACACCGGACCCAGAGGGGACCACACGGCGGGACUUGGAUACUACCUCCACCUGGAGGCGUCGCCGAUGCUGCCCGGCCAGAACGCCCGGCUGAUGUCCCGCACUGUGAGAGGAACCAGGGGACGGCACUGUAUUAGCUUUUUCUACCACAUGUAUGGGUCGGGCACAGGCCAGCUUAACGUUCACAUCAACAAAUAUGGAAAGGAAGAGCUGCUGUGGCAGAGGAGCGGCGAGCAGAGCAUCGCGUGGCUGAAGGCCCAAGUCGAGUACCAGUGUCACAGCCAGCAUCAGAUUGUGUUUGAAGCGAUCAGGGGUUCUUCAAUAAGGAGUGACAUUGCCAUUGAUGAUGUUACUUUGGAAGGUGGACCUUGCCCAGAAAUGGGGAUCAGCACCACUGUGGGAACCUCCAAUGAGAUCGAGUAAAGUGCAAGGAGUGAAAACGGCGUAUAAUGCUUACCCCCCCUCCCCCCCCCUUCCUGUUUUUUGCACAUUACAGACAACUCAAAAUGUUGUUGAGUCCUGACUCCUGCAUGUCAGUCUAAACAUGUGGACAAAGGAAACUUCUCAUGUAGUUUCUCUCUUCUUGGAGCGACACAUAUCAGUCAUGUCACAGUCAGCGUUUCUCUGCACUGUAGCAGCAGUGAGCAUGUGUUUUUCUUCACAUUUGUAUUGCAUUAGAUUAAUGCUCAUUGCUCAAAUAAAGCGAGGACGUUCUUUAA